UUUUCUUUGUGUUUUUUCGUAACUUACUCUCCGACUUUUGCAGAGAUGCCUUUUUUGCUUUCUUGGCCUGGUUUUUCGGUUGUCACGUUUCUGUCUUUGUUUUUACGUACAAGCUUUCGUCAAACACGCAAGCAUCACAUCCCACCGCAAUUUCAGACACAAAACCAAUGUUGCCCUUCAUUUUCUCUCCUCAAUUCUCAUAUCCUCUAAAUGAGAGUUAAACGCGGGUGAUGAACUCUCUCUUCCACCACACCCUUCGUAAGUGUAGGCGUAGACCGCCUCUUCGAAGCCCUAGGCCGCAGACUCAACCGACGCCUCCUUCUCUGGAUCUCCGCUCGCUGGGGCAUAUCCGAGCUCCCCUCCGUCGAAAACCUCGCGGGCGGACUGGAUCUGAAGGAUUUAUCCACGGUGGCGGCGCGACUCUUCACCGAAUUGAAGCAUUUCUGGCACAGGAUUCUGGGGGCGGCGGAGGCGUGAUUUUCGGCGACCCCGCAUUUGACGCACAGCGCAAUGUUGUCGAUUUGUUGUUGUCUACAUAUGCACACAAAGCUUCAUUCCAUGUAGGAGCGUGGCCGAGAGAAAUUUGCUGGCCAAUACUUCGAGAAUUUGAAGAAUGCAACAAAGAUGUCCCAGUUGCGAUGAUUAGCUUUCACAACUGCAGCCUUGAUGCCAAAAAUAAGAUGAAUCUGGGAACUGAUUCCAUUCUUAUUCGACGACGGAGGUCGGCUGACUGCUUCCGUGAGCGGAGGCAACCAGCAACCAAGCGGUCGGCAGCUAGGACCGACGGAGGUGGCAUCUCACGAGUGGUGCUGAUUAAGACUGUUGGCUCACGAAGGAGAUCGCCGCUGCCAGAAAAAAAGCCAGAAACAAGAAAUCAGAAAGACCCUUUUAAUGCCAAGGUUCUACACGGACUCAGACGAAGAGCGCAAAUUCUCCGGUCGCAGACGGGCCGAAAUGAUGAAAAGCUAAAAAUCUCUCUUUUCGGUGACUCGCCUUCACUCCAACAAUCCAUCGCCACCACCACUGUCGAACACUGUUUUGCCACCUUGAAGUUCAAUCCUCUCGCGUGUUUCCUCUCACCCUCGCCGGAAAGCCCUACUACAGCCACAAUUCCGGAAUCUCAGGUUGAAGUUGAACACAAGAAAGAAUGGGGACUGCCACAAACAGGUUUGACUUCAUCAUCGAAACCGAUGACUGGAGAUGGGCCAGAGUCAAGCUACUCGAGCAGCAAAAGUGUCCGGCAUCCGAGCCCAUGACUUCUAGAACAGAAUACUUCAGUCAUCCAACAUGAAGAGCUUCAAGUUCGGUGAACUCAAGGCAGCUACAAAGAACUGCCGCCUGGACAGUGUCAUUGGGGAAGGCGGGUUUGGUUCGGUUUUUAAAGGGUGGGUUGACGUGACGACCGUACGCUAGCGGCAACAAAAGGCGGGUAUUGGUUUCGUUAUAGAUGUUAACAGGCUCAAUCAAGAGGGCUGGCAAGGACACAAAGAGUGGUUGUCAGAGUUUAUUUUACAAAAGUAAAAGUUGGUUGGGUUAGGUUUGAGUCGGAUACCAAGAUUUCAGAGAUGGAUCCAGCUUCCUGUGGUGAAGCAGCACGACUUCAAGCUGCAAUGGAGACAUUAAAAGGAGAGCUCACUCCUCUGAAAAACGAACAACUCAUGGCAAUUGAUAGGACGUUUAAUAGAAGAAGCUAUUAGGGCUUCGGAGGUACAUAGGAAUCGAUUGGAGGGAAAAUGGAAGAUGAUUACAACAAUAGCAAUCAACUUACAACCAUCUUGGAUGAAGAUAAUGAGCGUGUCUCCCUCAAUCUCAAGGCUGACCUCCACCCUCUCAAAGUUAGUUUCCUCUCAUCCUUGUAUAAAGCAUGACUGACGCAAUCUCCUCAAUAAUAUCUUUAUUUCGUUUUUAGGUUGCGAUUUUUGUUAUUGACAGCGUUUAAGAUGGUAUGAUCAACUCCAAGUGUUUCGGUUCAUCUUGUGCACGAUUGGUGUCUUUUAGCAUGUUUCUCACCAGUGCUUAUUUAGUAUAUUAAUUGACAAAUUAAAAAUGAUCUAUGGAAGAACAUUCCAGCAUUGCAUCAUCGUACACAAGUACAUUUUCCUGAUUCAUGAUUCGUAAUUGAGUACUUAGAUAUGAAAGUAUUUUAGCUACUUGAAUAAUAUAGCAAUAACCCUCAACUAUUGUUCAUCAUUUCCUUAACUAUUUUUUCAGAGUUUUCAUAUUGCAUAACUGAUUUAUUUUCAUAUAUGCAUUGUCUUUAAUUUCGACAAAUUUAAAGAGACUAAAUAUAACUAUAACCAUUCAAGCAUCUCUCAUGUCCUUUCUAAGAAAACAAAAUCAAAGAAUUUCUAUAUAUUCAAGGUCGGAAGAUUACUUUUCUAUCAAUCAAGCAUGUUAGCUAAAAUAAUUAUAAUAUGCACUAUUAUUUAUAUAUUUUUCCCUUUAUAUAUUUAAAAAUAUGUCAUUAUACACUAAAAAUUAAAGAUAAAAAAUAUAAAAUUACAUAUUAUACAUACAAAAUAAACAAAAAUUAUAUAUUAAUUAAAACGGUUCAACCGGUUCGGACCAGUGAACCAUUAAACCAGUAGCUUCAC